CCUUUCUAUUGAAAUAUUACAAGUAAACAUAUAAUUUUGUCACAUUAGACAGACAGAUGACCCACAAAAUGGUUAGGUUUUACACUUUUUUUUUUCCUUAGUAUUAAUGACUGAACCACUACACAGUAAUCAAAAGAAUACAAAAAGAAGUAGGAACUUGGCGACUUGCUAGUUAGUUGAAUAAUUGUACUCUCUCCGACCAAGAUGCUAUCCUAUUUCCUUGGUAAUACGAGUCGAGCAAACGACUCCUCUGUUCAUAGGACGGGGGGACCUGCCAGAGUCCGGUUCCCACUCGUUUUCUAAACUCUCAAAAUCUUGACCAGGAGGCAGGAGGGGUCCCUUCUCAUCCUAUCCUCUCCUCUCUCUAGAAGCCCCCCCAAGUUGACUGCAGAGCUCAGUCCUCCCCCCGAAAAAAAAAGAUUCCCCAGUUUUGGCCUGCACAUGCACUGCCCCAGAACAAAACCCCUACCAAAACCACCAAAUUCUUCCUCCUUUCCCUUUCCUUUCCUCUCUGAUGCCAAAGAGCACCAGAGAAAUCCGGAUGUUCUUGCCUUUUAAUUUAACAACUCCCACAUCCCUUUUUCUUCCCAUUUUCUUUAAUUAUCUGCUAAACUCCCCCCCCACCCUUCCCUUUUUCUGAUUAAACUAUACAAACACAACCUCUCUUUCUCUAUUUAGUAGUCCUCCCUGUUCACUUCUCUUCGAACCCACAAACAGGAACUUCCUUGGGCUCUGAUAUUUUCUUUCUUGAUCUUCUUUGAGGUUUUGUUUCGCCAUGUCUUCCAUAUCACAGGGUUUGGUCUUGGCCACAGCCAUGGUUAUCUCUAGCACCGCUCUCUUUCUUGCUUAUUGUAGGCAAAAAUCUUUCACACCAACCCAACUUUCGGAUACUCAAAAUUCCCAGCAGCCGGAAAAGCAAGUAGUUCUACGCUCUUGCUUAUAUUCAGACGAAAGGAGAAGGGAUAAAAAGAAGAAGAAGAAAGUGCAAUUUGCUGAAAAUGCGAAGGAUCCGAGUGGGAAUGGCGAGGAAUACAGGAAGGAGCACAUGAAACGGAGCGAAGUUGAAAUGGGUUGCAGAAGCGAGCUCCGGAGAAUGAGUGGAAUGCCGGACAAUCGGGUUGCAUUGUACAAUGGGAUUCUCAAGGAGCGUGUGCAAAAAAUGCAGUGCUCAUAUUGAGGAGUUGUAAUAUUCUUGGCUUUUCUGGGUUUGCUCAGAAGAAGAAAAAUCUUGUAUUUCUCGUUUCUGUGGUUGGAAAUACUUGGCUCUGCUUCAUCAAA